AUGAGUAAUCUAGCACAGACCCUAUCCAGCCGCCUGCAGGGCCUCACCGCCAUCGUCACCGGCGGCGCCAACGGCAUCGGCGCAGCAACAGUCCGUCUACUACGAAGUUGCGGCGCGAACGUCGUGAUCGCGGAUCUCGCAUCUUCAAGACAAUCUGCAGCAACAUUGAUAGAGACCAUGGGACCCGGAGAUCGUGACCACUUGCGAUUCAUCGCCACAGAUAUAACGAAAUGGGACCAAGUGAGACACUUGUUCGCUGAGACUCGCAAGAGCUACGGUGAUCCCCAUCUGGUAGUGGCCAACGCUGGGAUCAUGGAGAGUAGGGAUGUGCUGGAUGUGGAUGAUUGCACCCAGGGAGAAGAUGGUGGCGGGCUCCGAGAGCCCUUGGAGGCAUACCGGGUGUUUGAUGUCAAUCUGAAGGGGACUUUUAACAGUGAGUUGCACCCAACUACUCGGGGAGAAUUUGGAAGUUAA